AUGGAUGGCAAAUCUCUGGCUGUUGCUUUGGUUCUCUAUCUGGUCUUAAUGACGGAGUCAGAAGGCAGGGCCCUGGCGAAGACAGAGCCAAAAGGCUUCCAGUGCCUGUGCAGAAGCACUCAUUCCAAGUUCAUCCCUCCCAAGGCUACAGAUGUGACAUUAAGCCAAAGAGCACCUUGCUGCAAAAAUGUGGAAAUCAUAGCUGCGCUGAAAGGUGGCAGACAAGUGUGUCUGCAACCCACUGCUCCCUGGGUCCGGCUCACUCUACAGGCUACUUGGGCCAGGGCCAGAGACAAUAUUGAGUCACCAAUCAAAGAAAAGUCAAGGGAAAAUACAUGCUGGAGUUUUUCAAGGAUAUGA